UAUGACGAAUGAAAAUGAAAGUAGAUUUUCACCAGUGAAGAAGCAUGGUCAAAGUAAAAUUUAUACUAGUUCUAGGGAAUGUAAAAGAGCAUAAUAAAAGUGGAAAUUUAACAGGAAGUGAGAGACAAAUCAAAGAUGGGGUAGCAGAUGUGUACAAUCUUAUUCAAAAAUGGAAGAACGCUAACUCAGACGGAAUGCACAUUAUUGAUACCAUAGCUAAUAUUAAGCUACAACAUGUUUAUAAGGAGAAUAAAGAUGAAACCCUACCAAAUGGCAGUAUACCUGAAGAAUUAGAAGCACAAUGUACCUCACUGCUGAGUAUUAUUCAGAAAAUGGUGAAUAUUCUGGUACUCAGUCAAGAGAAAAUUGUGAAGAAAUUGUCAGGAACAUCAGCUAUGUUUGUGGGUGUGAUGAAACUUCAGCAGCAUCUAACUGAUGAUUUGGUUUUGUUUCAAACCUGGACUCCUGAUAUAUUCGUUUCUACAGUAAGAGAACUGACAGAAAUGUAUAGAAAGGAAUAUAAACUGAAACAACUGAUUUACAAGAACAUUUGUCAUGCAAAAGAUCGUAAUACCAUGAUGUUUUAUACAUCGUCAUGGUUACACCAACCUUACAUCACAGAUAAAAGUCAUGUGUUGUUAGAAAGCUUGCUGUUAGAAACUGGACAUAAAUGAAAUUGAAAUAUUUAUUACACAUACCUCAAAAUUUAAUGUUUAUGAUAUUUUGUGUACACUUACUUGUCAAUAGCUGCCAAUAAAACAUUGUACUGUUGUUCAAAUAUUAUGAUCCUCUGUGUACACUUAUUUGUUAAUACAUGUAGCUGUUGUUAAGACAUUGUAACAUUGUUUAAAGUUUUCACCACAAUUUAUUGAUGUAUACAAUUACAUGUUAUCAUUUCGUUGUGUUUUUGGAUUUUUUAUAUAAAUGAGAAAUUUUAAAAUUUCA